UCUUCCCGUGGAUCCCGACUCCGAAGCCAGCUUUGCGAUCCUUCCACGUGAAUGAGUCAAACUUUUCCUUGUCAUCUGUGGAAUGCGACUGCGUAUUGCAGUAGUUUCUUUUAUCCUUUGAGUGAGCGAUUUCCCUGAAAUGCCGAACGUUUGUUUCGUCAAGACGUGCCGCCAGCAAACUGGGAAGAACGUUCGCAAGGGCUUGCGAUUCUUCUCUUUGCCGGAGAAAGAACCACGAAGGACUGCGUGGUUACGCUGCGCCGGGCGAGGGCACGACAUCGAGAACCUGCCUCUCAUUCCCCGUUUUUGUGCCGAACAUUUCGAGCCGACUGCUUUCCGAAAGGACGACCUGCGUCGUUCCCGUCUUCGAUCAGAUGCUGUGCCGACGCUUCUGCUUCCCGUCGCCGACGAGACCGACGAUCCUCCCCCAAAGCGCCAAAAAGUCGUGACUCAGGCCUCGGCAACUGGACUGCCUGCACCCUGCGAGGCAGAAAUGACCCUCAGGGACUGUACUGCUGAAACAAACAUCCCUGCAGUGGUGCCACCUGUCCCUGUCGCAGACGUGCCUGCACAGUCGCAUCCACCCGAGUCUGCCUUCUCCACUUGUAGCAGUGGGGUGCCAUAUGAAUGCACAUCUCCUGUUCCCAGCAACAUGCCAGACUCUGACGCAACCUACUCUCCGUCUCACAGCGAGGAUUACGAGAGAAUCGAGCAUGGUGCAUCAGCUCCACCACCACCACCAGAAGAAGAGCGCCAGUUUCUGGUGUUCGAGAGCUGCCUAAGGGAGCUUUUCAAGACCUGCCAAGAGUGCUCAAGACUGUGCCAAACAACGAUCGAAACUACCGGCACACUGAUCACAGUCUACAGCAUCUGCCCUGUGGAGCACGUGCGCACAUGGAAAAGCCAGCCCAUCGUCAACGGCAGACCAGCAGGGAACAUACUGCUGACCAGCCACCUGGUCUUCUCUGGAGUGAAGAUUGCCCCUACGCUGCGGAUGCUACGCCAUAUGAACGUGCAGGUCAUCUCCGACUCGAGCUUCUACGAGCAUCGGAAGGCCUUCGCUCUACCUGCAAUCCACAAGGUCUGGCUGCAAGAGCAACAAGAACUUCUCAACGAGUUGCAGAACAAAGAGGUGGACAUCUCUGCUGACGGGAGAUUUGACUCCCCUGGGUUCUGUGCCAAGUACCUGACGUACACAGUUCAUGUCGAGCAAAUCAACAAGAUUCUACACUCUGUCCAGGUCCAGCUAAAAGAGGCAAGUAGUCGGAUUUACGUGAACCAGUUGCAACAAUCUCAUAAUCUUUCUCUUGUGUUAUGUCAUCAGUUACUUCACUGCUAUGCACUAUUUUGGUAA